CACACUCCUGCUGGGCCCAGAGGGAAGGUGAAGGAGUGAAGGUGGUGGUGGUGCCGGGCCCAUUGAAGCGUAGCUGUCGCCUGGAGAACUGUGGCCCAGGAGCUGCGGCGGGACCUGAGGGACCUGCCCCCUCUGCAGCCCUAAGUCCGGGUUUGCAGUGGUCCCGGAGCCUCAUCCCUCCGGGUGUGAGGAGCGUGGGUGUCCACGCAGGACCUCGGGCACCCCUCGGCGGGCAGCGAACAGACCGCGGCCUGGCAGGGCGGCCAUGGCAGACGAGAAGACCUUCCGCAUCGGCUUCAUUGUGCUGGGCCUCUUCCUGCUGGCCCUGGGCACGUUCCUCAUGAGCCACGACCGGCCCCAGGUCUACGGCACCUUCUACGCCAUGGGCAGCGUCAUGGUGAUCGGGGGCGUCAUCUGGAGCAUGUGCCAGUGCUACCCCAAGAUCGCCUUUGUCCCUGCUGACUCUGAAUUCCAAGGCGUCCUGUCCCCAAAGCCGCUGGGCUUGCUGGAGAAUGGACUCACUGCAGAGAUGAAGAGCCCCCAGCCCCCCUACGUCAGGCUGUGGGACGAAGCCGCCUAUGACCAGAGCCUGCCCGACUUCAGCCACAUCCGGAUGAAGGUCCUGGGCUACAGCGAGGAUCCCCGCCCCCUGCUGGCCCCUGAGCUGGGGCGGCAGCAGCUGGAAGCUGGUGACAGAGGGGAAGGUGGCCCUCGAGAUGCUCAGGCCUGGAUGGAGGCUGCUGUGGUCGUCCACAGGGGCUCGGAUGAGGACGAGGGAGAAAGAAACCCAGCUCAGAGCAGUCCCCGCGCCCCAGUCUCUCCCCAGGGUCCUGCACCUUUGGCUUCCUUCCAAGAUGAAAUGGAUGUGGGCUCCAGUGAGGGCGGCAGCCCCAACCCGUCUCCGCCUGAGGGGGAGGAGCCUGGCCCCCCGCCAGGGGAGCCCUGGGCCUGCAGGUGCCAGCUGGACCGCUUUCAUGACUUCGCUCUGAUCGAUGCCCCCACGUCGGAGGACACACCUCCAGCGGGACAGUGGCGGGACGCAGCCCUCCCCAGCUACUGGCAGCGGUCCCCGAGGACGAAGGAGGAGGACGAGGCUUCCGACUCAGGUGCAGAGGAGCCGGAGCAGGAGGAGGAGGACUUGUACUAUGGGCUGCCGGACAGCCCUGGGGACCCCCUCCCGGACAAGGAACUGGGCUUUGAGCCCGAUGCCCAGGGCUUAGAUGGAACUGCCCCUGGGUGCUAGCCUGGCACAGCCACUAGCCCUGUGUGACUUCACAGGGCCUCUAUUUCCCUCUCUGCAAAAGGGGGUUGUCUGGAGGUUCAGAUGAGACAGUGGGUCCUGGAGCACCUGGAGGACUGUAAAGGACGCAGGAAGGGGCGAUGGUUUUUGAUGGAUCAUGGCCACUCCAUUGUCAUUUUGGGGGGUUAGAGCUUUGAGGGUGAAUGUGAUUCACUUAGAAGAUCUGCAGCAGCUGGGGCCUCGGAGCCUUCUCUGCCUCCCCCCAGAGCUGCCUCUGAACAGGCGCCCCCUUGGGGCUACGCUGGCUCUCUGAUCCCCCCGUGAAGGCCUCUCAGGGUGCCCGUUCCUGCUGAGUCUUUAGUCUGCCCGGUGUGCCGCGUGAUCCGCCUUCACCCAGGGCUAACCCCGUGUCCCCCCACAUCCCUCCUGUGGCUCCUGUUUUAUGGGAUCCAAAACCUUCCAUGGCUGACCUCUGCUGACCUCCCAACUUACUCCCCCACCAGCCCAUGCCACACCCUCUGCUCCUCAACCCCAAGGCCGUGUCCUACCACACACACGCGCGCACACACACACACACACACGCACACACAUGUACACACAUGUGCGCUGCUACCCAUGCCCUUCCCACACCACCUCUCUGCCAGGGAGCCCUUUGACCCCUCGUCUGCCUGGCAAACUUGUGCUCACCCUUCAAACCCUCGCACAGAUAUCCCUCCUCUGAAAGCCUUUCCUGCUGUCCCCGUCUCCGGGGACAGCGUAGUCCUGGCUCCUUCGCGCUGCCUUCGGGUCUUGUACGCUCAUCACCGGACCAUAGCUGCUCGAGGCCAGUGCCCUUGCUUGACUCACAUGGUACCUCCUGUGCCGAGUCAGUGCUCACGGAGGGGUAGGAACUGACCAGAGCCCAGGAAGCUUUGCAGAGAACGUCCUCUCCCCGACUUCCCUAACUCUUAGACUCCCCGCCCCUUUACUCUCUGGCACUCAAACUUCCAAAUGGCCUGCACAGGAGUCACAGAGCCAGGCAAAAAGCCCCCUGAGUAACCUGUGCCCUGCAGAAUACAUAUGUAUCAGUUUAGGACUGUGGGUUGAAAUGAAACUUCCUGGCUUAAUCCAAUUUGAUUCAGGUGGCAUUUACUGAGCAUCUACUAUGUGCCAGACACUAAGCCAAGAUCUUUACGGAGAAAGAGACAUAAACUGAUAGCAGUUCUUGCCCUCAAAGGACUCACAAUCUAGUGAGCUUGAUUCUUAUAAGUUAGAGACAGAGUGCAGAGCAGGGGCCGAGGUGGGAGCAGAGAAAUUAAAACAUUGGCACAGCAGAGUGACCUGGGGCCAGUGAGCCUGCAGCAAGUAGCUCAGCCUGCUUCAGCAGCCCCUGAAGAUGCCACUGUUUUAUAGCAGCAGCAUGGCAGCAGGCAGAGCAAUGCUAUUAGCACGCGAGCUCGGCCACGCCCCCCAGUGUCCCCGCACAGGGACCCUGAGAUGCUUCAGAGGAAGGGGCAGUGGCACUACCUCAAACCAGGCCCACGGACUUAGAGCUUGCACUCGGGCCUCCUGGGCCGGGGAGACCUCCUCCUGGGCUGGGGAGACCUCCUCCUGGGCCGGGGAGACCUCCUCCUGGGCUGGGGAGACCUCCUCCUGGGCUGGGCCUCUGCGUCAGGGCUGGGGGACCCACAGUGGGAAAGGGAUGCCCUCUGUGCUGGGUCAGAAGGGCACAGCCCCUUCUACCCCCCCCUUCUUUCUGGAUCAUUCUACCUCCAGUAUAAAAGCCUGGGCAGUGAAAGGCAUAUUGGGCACAUCCCUGUGCCAUAGGGUGCUCCCAGCCAUGACCCGGGCCGACUGGGCGAGGUGGAGUGUGUUUCUGUGCUCUGUUUACUACGGUGGGGAGGGUGACCUGCACCAGCACGGAUGGCUAAAAUAAAACUGUUUGCAACAUUUAAAAGGGUCA